CAAUCAGGCAGUCUUUAACAUCCAGCUUCGUCUGGACGACAUUUUAGUAAAAUUCUGAAAUUCUGUAGAUUUGUAAUCAAAAUGUCGACUUAUAUCGACUAUAGACGUGUCUUAUACACGUGUUCUUGCGGGACCGAAGAGCCAAUAUGUCGUUUAUAUUUCUGCCGUCAUUGCAUGAAGCUCAGAUGUGGACAUUGUGUGUCGCAUGAGGUGGAUUCCCACUACUGCCCAAACUGUUUAGAAAAUAUGCCAAUAGCUGAAGCCAAAGCUAAGAAAAACAGGUGCGUUAAUUGCUUCGACUGUCCCAGUUGUCGUCAUACCUUGUCCACACGUGCAACCAGCAUUGCUGUGCCUGACCCCCAGGAUGCAACUAAGACCACCCCCAAGAAGGUGUACUAUUUGGCUUGUGGCUUCUGUAGAUGGACAUCACGGGAUGGUGGUAUUCCUGACCAGCAGAUAGCUAGUGGAGGUUGGCAAGAUCAGAUCAACAAAGAGGAAGCUGCUAUUGCUGCAACUAUGGAAUAUUACAAACAACUGGCCUCUAAGGAGAAGAUAGAAAAAGACAGGAAGAAAUAUAGAAGGAGGAGUUAUCUACACUUCUCUACAAUCUCUCAUGUGCUAGAGGACAAGUUUGGCUUAUCAUCUGCAGCUGCCCGUAGGAGAGCUGGCCUGAUGAACCUGGCUUCUAUGAGCCUGAAGGAAGGUGAAGAGAUGGAAGUUGCAGAGCCAGAGAGGACUGAGGCCACAGAUCAAUGGGAACCUCUAGAUGAUAGCAUCUACACAGAGCCUCUUAACCUUGCCACAGUCACCAGUGUAAAGCAGAGGCUAGCAUCUGUAGAAUUCCAACCAGCAAAUACAGGAGACUUAUACCCAAGCCAUAAGCAUCUGUUGAUCAAGCGAUCCCAAAGAUGUAGGCAAUGUGAACAUAAUGUCAGCAAACCAGAUUUCAACCCUUCCUCCACUAAGUUCAAGAUUCAGCUGGUUGCUCUACACCAUGUGCCAGAAGUGCGUCUAAUGUCUAUACCUAACAUGAUAUUUGACCAGCCAAGCCAGGUGAUCCUGACCCUAGCCAACCCAGUAGACUACAUCACUCAUGUCACUCUAUUGCCAAACUGCAAAGAUGAUGCUGAAGCUGACACUGGCAAGAUUGAGCUCCCAAUCUGUGAGUUGACUCUGGCUCCACUUGAUAGCACAGGUGACUUUGAUGACACAGCUGAGAUACCGGAUUAUGAUGAUGACCCCAAGAUUGUAACUUUCCGUAAGGCCAAUAAGAUAGGAUUCUUUGUAAAAGUGACACCCAAGAAAGCAGUUGGAGAUGUAAAGGUUUCCUUCCUGAUGAAAUAUGACUCUAGGUGUAUGCCUGCCCUUCUACCCACUGAUGACAAGGAAAGUCCUGUUUGGCUUGAACAUACAGUGCAUCUUAAUCUAGGACCUUUGAACUCAUAAACAAUCAUCAUGCAUAGAUAUAUAUUACCUGAGUGCUAGUAUCUCACAAUAAAUUGGGCAAGAACAUGCUGAACAUUGUACAUUCUCGCAUAGGAGCAUUAUAUACAAGACAAGAUACUACUGACUAUAACAGUAUGUCUUUGGCCAUUGCGGAAAGUGUUCCUGUACACAGGUUUUACCACAUACGUAAACAUCACCAUUUGGGGAACCCUUAUCCCAAGAAAUUACUCUCAAUUGAUUAUAGCAUUUUCUACAAAUACCCAUUUCACAACAUCUUCAGACUAGCUGUACAUAAAUCUUAAAAUAAGUGAGCAAAGCUCAUAGGAGAUGACAUAGCUACUGUCUUUUAGAACAUAAAUCAAAAUAUACCACCCUGUAGGAGUUUACAGCAGCUUUCAUUGUUAAUAAAGCUUGUAACAGAUUGGAUUGGAGAACUUUGAGAAUAUAGCCUGACAUUUAGUGGAAUGUAACCAUUGCUUGAUAUUACCUUAUUGUUAUAUAACCAGGUGUAAGAUUAACAUUAUAUAUAACUAAAUGUACUUGUAGCAGUAAAACUGAGUUUACAUAAAGUUGGUUUAGUGAUCUUUCAUGUGCAAUAUUUAUUAUCACUUUGUUUAUUAUAAUAUGUAACGUUUGCACUUUAACCGGGAAUUAGGAUAGAGCUUGUGAUAUGAAUGGACAAGCUUGAUAUAACUGAUAAUAUAGGAUUUGGCUAAGACAUAGACUUUUCUUGAGAACAUUGUCAACAUAUGUAUGUUUGCGGAGAUAAAAUAAUAAAGAUUUGAUGAAAAUUA